AUGGCGAACUCUUCCUCAGAUGAAGAGCCAACUGGACGAAACCAAACUAGCGCUCCACGAAUCAAGUUAAAACUUCGUAUAAAUCCUUCUGGCAACGGCGAUGCGGGUGUAGCGACUGCCAGUGGUAGCACCGGUACCGCUCCUGCAAAUCCAGAAUCAAUAGACGACCGUAAACGGAAAAAGCACAAAAAGAAGAAAUCACAUAAGAAACGAAAAAGACAAAGAAACCAAGAUUCAGAUGUCGACGACGAAGUAUCAGAACAUCAUUAUACAGCACCGCCACAGCACCAACAAAAGAAACAGAAGCAUCACACGCAUCGCCAUCGGCGUGAAAGUGAACAGGUUGAUAUUGAUGGUGAGGAAGAUUACGAUAACCGCUUGAACGACGAGUAUAACCACUUUCAACAACACGACGACGAUAACGAACAAGGGUCAUCGUCCUCGCACGUACAUGUGGGAGGCAAACGGCCGUUUGCCUUGAUUCAUACUGAAGACGACGAAGAAGAAGAGGACAAUAGCAACACGAACGAGAAUAUGGAUAACAAUGCUGGUAAUGGCGCAGAGGGUCUAAACGACGACCAGCACAAUUAUCCGCAAGUUAAAGAAAAGAAGCAAAAGCAUUCAAAGUCUAGCAGACAAGAAGAGUCAUCAUCGUCGUUUGAUGAUUACACGUACAGCAACGACAAUAUUAGCAACAAUAGCAAGAAUACCAUCCACGACCGUACUGUACAUCCAACUGAAACUGCUGCACAUGCCCAUCGUCCUCAUCCUCCUACUCAAACUGCUUUUGCAAGCACAGCAGCAACAACAGCAUCUACGACUACUACCAAAGCUCGUCAGCGUACAGCAUCUGUCAGUACGACGGCUACUAAUUUGGAACACAAACCAAAGAAACGUGGACGACCAGCCAAAGUAAAGGUCCCCCCCAAACCAGAGCCUCGCCCAGCACCAGAACAACCCAAGAGGGAUCUCAAAACAAUUGGUGCAAAACUGCUGGAUACCUUGGAAAAACGCGAUUCUUAUGGCUUCUUCUUAAAACCCGUGGAUACUUCCAUCGUUACGGAUUAUUUGACUGUAAUCAAACACCCUAUGGAUUUCUCUACCAUGCGGAAAAAACUUAAAGCGGACGAAUAUUCAGACAUUGAAGAUUUCCGACAAGACUUUUUACUCAUUGUCACGAACGCUAAGACAUACAACGCACCUGAUACGAUCUAUUAUCGCAACGCAGACCGAUUGGAACAUAUGGGAUUGAAAGCUAUUGACCGUGCUGCUAAAUCAGUCGUCUAUGAUUCUUCACAGCCCACAGAGGAAAUGCGAGGUAUGACUCCUCACAGCGAUACUGAUCAACAUUCGAUGUUUGGCAGUGUUCGACAGUGGGGCAGCAUGGCCUCACGCAGAACAUCCAGUAUCUCAACCGCAGCUGGUGUGAAACGGGAAUCGAAUGUCAAAAUGGAGGAAGAGGUGGAUAUCCUCGGUCUCGAUAACGGAAGCUCUAUCUACCCAGGACGGAAACCCAGUCGGCAACAGAGUGUGGAUACUGCAAUGCGUGAUGAUGCUGGUAGCUCCAGGGCAGGCACACCGGUGCGGACAAUUGGUUUUGCUAGUGGUGGCGGUAGCACAAAGAAGAAAAAGAAGAAAGCGACAGAAGCAGGCAUCGCUUAUGCUUCAGAUGGAUCUUUGGCUGGCGUUGGUGGUGUAAAUGAUUUACAAAGUCUGAUCCCACCGGAAAAGAGAUUUUCUGAAGUACCCGGUAUUACGAUGGUCAACACACACGCGCUGCCCUCUGCGUUCUACACAUCACGUGCGUCCUAUGACGAAUGGGCAAGCAAUAGGCACCCUAUUCACCCUGCACACUUUGCAGACUAUGGUGCAUAUACGGCCCUGGGUAACGAACCACCCGGUGCGUUUUACACAGCACAGGAUGCAUGUUACAUUUACCCACUAUACGGUGACGACCGAGGAGAAGCAUACAUGCGGAGUUUGUGGGAAUUCGCGGGCGGCAUGGACGAUGAGGAAGAGGAUGACGACGACGAAUUGACAAAAAUGGUUUAUGAAAAGUCAAAAUACCUGACCCGUGGAGCGUGGGAUGUGCUGCAGGAAACUCUCAAAAAGGAUGUACAAGAUGUCAAGGAUGUCAAGGCCGAGUUUGGUACCCUUGAAGCAUCUGGUUUUAAAAAGGCGUAUGAGAAUGCAACAAUUUCUUUCUUAUAA